AUGACGGCCCAGCUUCUCAAUUCCGAGCUCGGCAACCUCAUUCAGGAGAGCAAGCGCAAGCACAAUGAUCUCAAACUGGCUUCCGAAAAGUCUCUGGAGGAGCUAAGAAGCCUCAGAGACAGCUCCGAGGCGCACAUUGGAGCAGAACUCUCCCAGUGCACGAACUUUGUGAACCCGUUCAUCAUCGCCUGCGGCACGCGCAAUGUCAAGUUCACAGGCAUCGCCAUCGUUUGCCUGCAGCGGCUCAUUGCUGCAAAAGGAGUUCCGCACACGCGACUGGACCAGGUCCUUCAAGCGAUUCGAGAGUCUUCCGCCGGUGGGCUAGAUGUCCAGCUUCGGAUUCUGCAGUCGCUCCCGACCCUGCUUCAAAACUAUGCCAACGAGGUGUCGGGCGACUUGCUUAUUACUACACUGAACAUAUGCUUUGUCCUCCAGACAAGCAAGAAUGUUGUGGUCAACAAUACUGCCUCUGCUACGCUCCAACAGCUUCUCAUCUCGGUUUUCGACAAAGUCGUAGCUGAAGAUAAAUCCCCCCCUCAGACGCAACCGGUUGGCGAUGCGCCACUGCAAGAUGGCAGAAUUCCGCUUCAUGCUGCUGCGAUGGAUGCAUAUCUUGUCUUCAAUGAUAUUUGUCUCCUGACGGCAUCUGGUCGUCCCGAGUACUUGAGGUUUUCCAACCUCUCGCAGACAUUCGGCUUAGAGCUCAUCGAAUCUGUCUUGACUAAUCAUCCGUCCAUAUUUGCGUCCCAUCCGGAACAGACACAGAUUCUUCGCUCGAGAGUCAUGCCAUUUAUAACGAAGAGUCUCACAGGGAGGCCAAAUUUCCCUACUGCCGUUCGCCUCGUUCGUGUUAUGUACACCGUCCUUCGGCGGCAUAUGACGCUCUUGGCUGUUGAGAGCUGCGAAGGGCUUUCGACCUUGGCCUACGUUCUUGAUCAAGAAACGGUCUUGUGGAAAAGAGUGCUCUGUUUGGAAGCUUUCAAGGGGAUAUUUUUUGACCCAAGUCUGUUGCGUCUAAUAUACACGCUAUACGACGAUAAAGAAGGAGAGAAGAAUAUUUUACAAGACUUGCUCGCAACUUUUGUCCGGGCGUCUACCGAGCGACCCAGUGUGAUUGGCCUUGGACACCAGUCGACCAUUCCCGUUGCCGGAUCAAGCGUGGGUGGCGGCUCGACGGCAGACCAGGCGGUGCUUGAGGCAAGCGGCGGCAUCAUCGGCGGUUCUGUCACGUCCGAGACGAACAGCACGGGCAUCAGCUCACAGUGGAGCGCAAUACGAACGCCUUGUAUCGACCAGCUAGACAAAGCUGAGCCUCUUACAAUACCAGAUUCGUAUAUUUUCAGUCUGAUCCUGGCUUGCAUCACGUCCUUAUCGGAAGGCUUGGCAAAGUUUAUUCUCCCCCUUACUGUUCCAGGCGAGGGCCGCGGUCGGAAGAAGAGCGCGAAGUUGGAGAGCAGCUCGGCUUCUACUGCUGCAGGUGGAUCGUCGAGAGAUGACGUGUCCAGCGGCCUAGAACGGUCGGCAUCAUUCAAAAAAAAUCCUGUUCCCCUGAACCCUCUUUUGCUGAAGGAGCACCCUCAGUACUCGGAGGUGAAGACAUGUGCAGAAAUGAUGGACAGCUGCUGGCCUGCUAUAUUAGCAACCUGCUCGACAUUCCUGUACUCGGCAUUGGAUUCGGAGUAUUAUCACAGCUUGGUGCGAGCAUUCCAGAGAUUCACGCAUGUGGCCGGAUUAUUGCAACUGAACACCCCACGGGAUGCUUUUCUCACAACGCUCGGGAAAGCAGCCGUUCCUCCAAACGUGCUCACAGCGUGUCUUAACGCGGGCCCCCGGCCGUCGACGCCGACGUCUGCAGGUGCCGAUGGCAGCAGUAUAUUUAGCAAUGCCCGUGGCUUACUCAGCGUUGACAGCCUGGUGAGUCAGAACUCAGCAUCUGACAAGCCACGACAGUCGUCGGCGGAUGUUGGUGUUACGGCUCUAAACACGAGAAAUCUUCUGUGUCUUCGAGCGUUGUUAAACCUCGGCAUUGCUCUGGGCCCUACAUUGGAAUCAGCCUGGCAGAUUGUGCUGGAAACUUUACAACAGGCCGACUUUGUUCUGUUCUGUUCCGGGAAGACGCCAGGGCGAAUGCCAGCAGCUGUGAGAUUGGCCGAUCAACUGGCCGAAGCUGAGGCCAAUACGCUUUUGAUGAAUUUCGGCUCGGAAAUCAAGUCUGUUGAGACGGCUGCGUCUCGCCUUUUUGAGAGCACAGUGGACUUCCCCAACGAGGCGUUUGUUUCGAUUGUCGUGGCCAUAUGUAGCCUCCUGGAGAAACGGACGGAGUCUGCGACACCGCAGGCCGGAGGCCGGCCGCAAUCGCCAACGUCUCCGAUCGGAGAGACACUGAAGCCUGCAAAGGGGGCAACUCUCAGAACACCCGUUGUUAAGCACCAAAGGGUGAUGAGCAUUUCGUCUGCGCCAGUGUCAGGCUCCAGCCAGGAAGACCAGUUUGUAUUGGCCAAACUGGGAGACGUUGCAUCGAUCAAUAUUGAGAGACUCUUGUACAACCCACCAGACGUGUCGGGUUGGACACCACUCAUUGGCGAGUUGGUCGGCGCGCUCAGCUCGACGGCAGCAGCAGCAACCGUUCGAAUGCGUGCUGCGGAAACGCUGGUGCGGCUUAUUCUUGAAGCCACGGCAGCGGUCUCAACGGCAGAAGAAGACGUACGUGGCGAGAUCCAGCUCCGGCUUCUGGAAGCACUAAAAGGCUCGCUUCUGCCACUACAACGAGAGGACCGUGCAGGAUCGGUAGCUACUCAAGCCAUCGACAUCGACAUACACAAAGCGCUCCUCGACGGACUGAAGAGCCUCCUCGAGGACAGCGGCGAGACGCUUACGAAUGGGUGGACUGUGGUUUUCAAGUCUAUCGACUCCAUAUUUGUGGAGCAGGAGAAUAAACGAGGAAAAGUGCUCAAGACAAGAUCAGUGCGGUUGAUCAAGUCGUCAUUCGCUUCCUUGCAGCUGAUAUGUUCGGACUUUCUUCCGUCGCUGCCAAAUACCUGUUACCUCAACCUUGUCGACAGCCUGUACAAGUUUUGCUCCCAAGAUGACGAUCUCAACGUUGCCCUGACUACGGUGACAUUCUAUUGGACCAUAUCGGACUUCUUGUUGAGCCGCAACAGCUCGAUGUCGAUCACGGCAGCGAUGGAAGGAGGACCGAGCGACGACGCACUGGUGAAGCUGGCGUAUAACACGUCGCACCCAGGGUCUGGAGCUGCUCUGUGGAUGCUGCUCUUGUUGCGGCUCACUGCGGUGACGACGGACCAUCGGUUGGAGCUGAGAAACAGUGCUGUUCAGACACUGCUACGUAUAAUUCACGCCUACGGCAAUAGCCUCAGUGCGGAGUCUUGGGCGGUAUGCAUCCGGGCGGUUAUAUUCAAGCUGCUGUCGUCGACGGAGGAGCAGCUGCAGAUAACGAGCGAAAACGGUGCGGGUACGGCGACUUUUACAGAAUGGAACGAAACAGCUGUUGUGAUUGUCAACGGGGUUUCGGAACUGCUAUCCAACUACCUGGAAGUGCUGGUACCGCACGAGGUGUUUCCGUCGCUGUGGCAAGACCUGCUCGAGCACCUUGCAACGAUGCUGGACUUCAGGGCGCUCGACGUCAGCACGGCGGUUUUUGGAAGCCUGACGAGCAUUCUGUCGAAGAGCGACGGACGAGCGCGGCGGUCGUUUAGCAGUCAGGCAGUCAGGCUGGCAUGGGAACUUUGGUCCCGCGGCGUUCCAGCGUCGGAGCCGGUGGCAGAUACAGCAAAGGCAGAAGACAACCAGAAAUGUCUUUUGUCGUGGGUGAACACGUUUCUGGAGAUCGAGCGGCUGAUGCGUGCAGACAUGGACCUAGAGACAAUUCAGCAGAUGCUCGGGCUUCUGCGUGACGCGAUGAUCUGGGCGAGUCCGGGAAGCUACGCCAACGACAUUGAAUACACGACACCGUUGCAAGGGCAGAUUCUGGAGGUGCUGAAGAUUGUCCGGACGGACAUCCACGGGGUGCCUUCUGCGGUGAUUCUGUUGCUUGCGGACUUUGUGUCGAUGGCGUUUGACUUGCCGGAGGCGUCGGUGCAGCCGAAGCGAACAUUUGUGGCCAUGUCCAAGGCAAGCAUGCCAAUCCUCCACUACCACAUUAUGAAGAAUGCAUCGGAGCCGGACAUCUUCAGCAGCGGGGCGUUUUCUCGAGCACUCACGGCGCUGGCGAAGCCGAUUGGGCUAAAAUACGGGUUCCGAAUCGUGACGAAGAGCAUUCAGCCGUGGAAGGAGGCGGUGAAGGCGACGCUUGCGAUCCUGGAAAUCACGCUGCCGCACCUGAAGGCGAAGACGGUGCCGAAGAAGGCAUUCCAGGACGCAUGGGACGCAGUGGUGACGGUGGCGAACGGGAUCAUCAGCGCCAAGCUGGAGGAAGCGGCAGUGGAGGACAGCGUGAUUGCAGACGACCAGCAGUUCGACAUCAGCGCGUUUCGAAAGCUGCGCGAGCUUAUCAUCCCGUCGCUUGGAUCGGGGGCGGUGGCCGAGAGAACGAGAAAGGCAUAUGCUGAGGGCCUGUUCCGGAUAUCGAUUGUGCACGCGCCAUCAGCAGCAGAUGCAUCGCUUCUCUACGGGCCCUCUGGAACGGACGAUGUGGUUGCGGCGAACCUGAGCAGGCUGUACAAGCCGGGCAGCGGCCAGACGGUGGACCCGCGGCCGACGAAGAGAGCGGACAUGAGCCGUGUCUGUCUGGACGAGCUGUUUGCGUUGGUGGAGGCGCACGAAGAUGCGAGCGGGAAGCCGUCGAUUGUGGUGCAGCCACCGACGCCACGGGCGCCGCCUAGAGGGAUGACACUGGCACCGGCAGUGAUGGCAGGCAGGGCAGACAAGACAGAGACAGAACACGCGCUGCACGUGAGGCUGGCAAAGACGGCAGCUGGCUAUCUGAUGCUGCGCUGUGCCCUGACGAUUCGGGCGUAUGUAUCGGACCAGCCGUUGCGCGGACACAUGCCACAGCCGCUGUCACAGCGACGCGAGCUGUACCGCAUCCUGCGACAGCUGGUGAGCCUUCGGUCGGAGCCGGGAGCCAUCCCAGAACUGGACGGUGUUGAGAGCGACGGGCGAAAACACCUGCUGCGAUUGUAUCCGCUGCUGCUCAAGGCGAUGCAGGUGGCCGGCACGGCUGGUGAUGACAAGACGCUGGUCCUGGCCGGAGAGGCCCUGGAGGCCGUGGGCACAGAGCUGGGCGUUUAG